CGGAUGUAGUCCAUUAUAUAUAGGGCCAUUUAUGAGUAUGAACUUAUAUUAGUAUUUCUUCUCCAUCAACAUACCAUACGCACUAGAACGUAGAAGGAUUAAACAUGGCAAUUAUCGGGGUUUAUAUCGCUAUGAGUGUUGUGUUGUGCUUAGCUGUGGCACAAGAGCCGAACCCCAAAGGCGAUCAGACUGCACUUCUGACGAAGUUGGUUGCAUUGGAGGCCCGUCUGCAGGAGACAAACAAUACACUGCAAUCUCUCCAGAACAAAUACAACCGACGUGCGACGCUAACUAAGCCUUAUCCGAACCCCCAUGGAGAGGACCACCUGACGGUGCCAUAUCUGGAAAGGGACGGCUGGGAAAUGGUGUUCCGUGCCUCUGCAGGGAACGGACAGACUGUGUACGAGGCAUGGACAAAAGGGACAGGCACAUCUACAACGAAACCAUUGGACAUGGCCAGAUCCUACACUACCCAUUUCCGGGAAGCAAAUCUUGAUCAUAGCUGGACAUCUUUAAAGAUCAAGCACGUGAAAUUUGCACUUUACAAAGACAACAUUGAGACGGCGUACAUUAUUUUUAACGGCGUCGGUAGCACGAUUACGAGCUGGUUUGAUAAGACCAAAAUCCUGGAAUCCUCCUGGUCUGAUCUCACACCGUCCGCUACAUUCAAUUUCUUCUCGGUCAUUGGUGCGGACGACGGCCGGGUGCUGCGGAGGUUCUUUAUCAAUCAGAAGUAUGCUGGGUGUGCUGGUGACGUUGGCCACUUUGCCGUAGUUGAGGAGAAAGGGGUUUGUGCGAUGGACAAACACGUCCGUUACCCACAGUUCGUCUACUCUGACAUGAACUCUGCUGAUGUUUGGGAGAGAAGUCAGUUCGAGCACGCCGAUUAUCUGGCUAUCUACGUUCACGUAUAAACUACACUCUAACCAUUAAACCGUACUGUAGUGUUUGUAUAUAUUGCUGUUUUCUUGAAAAAAAUAAAAACUAUGAAAAAUGA